ACGCGUUAAAUUAAGUCGCCUUCGUUAUCGUCGUGCCUGCGCCUUCUCCUUAUCCAGUUAACAUCGAGUUGAUUAAAAUCUCAUCCGUCCAUUUUGUCUACAACUCGGACGGCAAAUGAUGGACGGUGAAGAUGGAAGAUCCGGUCGGGGGCAUACUCGUAAUUAAGUAGCAAGUAGGGAGGCAAUUGUUGAAGGCGUCAGGGAAGUCCCGUUAUUUCACUGUUGGCGGCAGGAAAUCGAUCGGCGUUCCGUAAUCCGUUGCACGAGCGAGUCCGCGACGAGCGCGAAGAUGGAGACGCCGUUGAUCGCGGAAGAAGGGAGGGGAUUCGCGUCUGGCCUCACGGCUGCCUUCUCUAGUCGUAGACGACAGCAGAGCGGCGCCCACCAGAGGCGCAGGUCGUUCUUCUCGAGGGACGAUGCCUUAACCUUGGGAGAUAACUACCAGAAGGCCGCGGCUCUUGUGGAUCUGGCAGAUGACGGUGUUGGUCUUCCAGAGGAAAUUUUAAAUGACAAAAGAUUUGAAAAAGCUGCAAAGUUCUACUUCAUUUACAUUCGCUUGGAUUUGCUAUGGUCACUUAAUCUUUUUGCCAUAGUUGUACUCAACUUUCUUGAGAAACCACUAUGGUGUCAAAAGAAUGGCAGCGAUGUUUGUGUUGAAAGGAAGUAUUAUUUCCUUGGACAGCUGCCUUAUCUAAAUGAAAGGCAGUCCCUUACUUAUGAGGGGAUAACACUUCUCAUUCUCACAAUUUAUAACUUGUUUCCACUUGCUUAUGAGGGUCUUCAUCGUUACUGGGAGAACAAUUUGAACAAGUUAAAGGUGGUGCUUUUGUUAGUUUUAGUUUGUGAUAUGCUGGUAUAUUCUCUCUGUCUCUCGAAUGUGCUCAUUUUUUUAUUGCCUUUGAGAGUUGCGCCCUAUGUUCGCAUAAUCUUUGUUAUUUUAUCAGUCAGGCACUUGUAUGGAUGUAUGCUAACACUAGCUGGAAUGGCUGGCACAUACCUUAAUAUCUUGGCUCUUUCCACGUUGUUCCUCUUGUUUUCCAGCUGGUUAGCUUAUGUAAUAUUUGAGGACACAGAACAGGGGAAAUCCAUGUUUACUUCCUAUGGGACCACAUUAUAUCAGAUGUUUGUAUUGUUCACCACAUCAAACAAUCCAGAUGUAUGGGUUCCUGCCUACAAGAGUUCACGUUGGUCUUGCAUAUUUUUUGUUCUUUAUAUUCUGCUGGGUGUCUAUUUCCUCACAAACCUUAUUCUUGCUGUUGUUUAUGAUAGCUUCAAGAACCAGCUUGCAAAACAAGUUUUUCAGAUGGACCUAAUGAGAAAAAACAUCUUGGAAAAGGCAUUCAAUCUUAUAAAUGUUUCUGGCUAUUUGAACAAGCAACAAUGUAGUCAUCUAUUUGAAGAAUUGAAUGAAUAUCGGUCUUUGCCAAAAAUUUCAAAAGAAGAUUUUGAAUUGAUAUUCGAGGAGCUUGAUGACAGUGGUGAUUUCAAGAUUAAUUUGGAAGAGUUCACUGAUCUUUGCAAUGCUAUUGCAUUACGGUUCCAAAGAGAAGCUGCUCCAUCAUGGUUUGAGAACUAUCCAACAUUUUACCGAUCACAUCCGUGCGAAAUGUUAAAGGCAUUUGUUCGCAGCACAACAUUUGCUAAUAUUGUGGGGUUUGUGCUUAUAAUCAACCUAGUUGCUGUUGUAAUUGAAACAACGCUUGACAUACAGAACAGUUCUGCUCAAACAUUUUGGCAAGAAAUUGAGUUUUUCUUUGGAUGGAUUUACGUAUUGGAGAUGGCUUUGAAAAUCUUUUCCUUUGGCUUUGACGCUUAUUGGAUGGAUGGGCAAAAUCAAUUUGAUUUUGUGAUUACAUGGACAAUUGUUGUUCCAGAAGUCUUUCUUAAACAGUUGAGUGAUGACGAUGAACAAGAAAUGGUCAUCGAGUUCAUUCGCUGUGAUUUUCCUGAUGGUUGCAAUCAUGUUGGCCACGGAGAUAAGUGCAACCGAUCGAUCCUUCUUUCUGUUUUGGAGAUCUUUCAUAAGGAACCUUCAACCCACUACAUUCUGUUUGCCACUAGAACAAGAUCAUAG